GCUAUAAAUACACAAUUGCAUUUGCAGAGUGUAGAAACCUAAAAAAAGAAAGCAUUACACAAUUGAGUAAUGGAUCAGUUGAGUGAUGGAAAUAACAAUUCAGACGAUCUUCUUUUAGCUCAUGCUCAUAUAUGGAGCCACACAUUCGCCUUCAUCAAAUCCAUGUCCCUAAAAUGUGCAGUAGAAUUAGGGUUACCAGAUAUCAUACACAGCCAUGGCCAACCCAUGACUCAUUCUCAACUCGUCGCGGAGUUGCCUAACGUCCACCCAUCAAAAUCUCACCAUCUCCAUCGUCUCAUGCAGCUUCUUAUUCAAUCAGGUUUCUUUUCUUUUCAAAAAGUUAGCCCUAACAGCGAUGAAAAUGGUUACUUGCUUACCAAGUCAUCUCUUCUUCUGCUGAAAAACAGACCAGUCACUGCUAGACCAUAUGUUCUAGCAGUUCUUGAUCCUAUACUCACCAAACCAUGGGAUUUCUUGAGUUCUUGGUUCCGGAUUGACGAUAGUGACGAUGCUAGUCCAUUUAGUAUGACUCAUGGUAAAACAUUCUGGGAUUUUGCUGGUGAGGAAGCUAGGUUUAACUGUUUUUUCAAUGAAGCUAUGACUAGUGAUAGCUUGGUUGUCAAGGAAGUGGUGAUUAGUAAAUGUAGGGAUGUGUUUAAGGGGAUUAAUUCACUUGUUGAUGUUGGGGGUAAUAAAGGAAUUAUGGUUAAAGCCAUUGUUGAAAAUUUUCCUGACUUGAAGUGCACGGUUUUGGAUCUUCCACAUGUUGUUGAGGGUUUGGAAGAUGGUAAGAAUUUGUGUUUUGUUGGAGGUGAUAUGUUUGAAUCUAUUCCUCCUGCUGAUGCAGUCAUGUUAAAGAUGAUAUUUCAUGUACUUGGUGAUGAAGAUUGUUUGAAAUUACUCAAGAAUUGCAAAGAAGCAAUAACAAACAAUGGAGAGAAAUCCGGAAAGGUGAUAAUCAUCGACACAGUGAUGGGAACUGAAAAAAAGAUUAAGGAAUCAUCAGAAAUCAUACAGCUCUAUGAUCUUGAAAUGUUGGUCCUUGUCUCUGGUCAAGAGAGGAACGAGGAAGAAUGGGCUAAGCUCUUCGUUGAUGCCGGAUUUAGCCGGUAUACAAUCAAUCCUGUGCUCGGCCUGAGAGCACUCAUCGAAGUUUACCCUUGAGAAACACACAUUUCUAUAUGGCAUUCGUAUAAAGUCUGAAACUUAUCAAAGUUUGCUUUGAGAGCAGUUGCGUAAUUUUAUUUUUAUUUUAUAAGAUGGUUUGCGAAGAAUGUUUUGCAUACAAUUGCAUAUGUAUUUUAUUUUAUGUCAAGUUAUUAAAAAUGGCUAUAUGUCAAAAACAAAAACAAAUGAAUCCAAGUUCUCUUAUCAUUCCA